AUGUCGAUUGACCCGCAAUCCCGCAAGAAGCUUUUGACGUUGCAGAAGCAGGACGGCAACAAGAACUGCGCCGACUGCGGCGCCCACAACCCGCAAUGGGCGCUGCCGAAAUUCGGCAUUUUCAUCUGUUUGGACUGUGCCGGGAUCCACCGGGGGCUCGGCGUCCACAUCUCGUUUGUCAGACUGAUCACGAUGGACCAGUGUAAGCCCGACGAGAUUCUCCGCAUGGAGAAAGGCGGUAACACGCGGCUAAACGAGUACUUUGACAAGCACGGCGUCGACCCUAAGCUUCCGGCGAAGCAGAAAUACGAUAACUACGUCGCCGAAGACUAUAAGGAGAUGUUGACGUGUGAGAUUGAAGGGCGGGAGUACGAGCCUAAGGACCAUCUGGGAGAAUCGUUACCCUCGGCCAACGACGUCGCCCUGCUGAUCAAGCUGGAUAAACUGGCUUCGGGUGUCGCCCAAGCCCCUAUCCAACAACGCCGCCAAGUUGACCCUGAGCAAAAGGCUAAGAAUGAGGCCUACUUUGCCGAGUUGGGGUCGAAAAAUGAGUCUCGCCCUGAAGACUUGCCCCCGUCUCAGGGGGGGAAAUACGCUGGGUUUGGUAACACUCCCGCGCCGCGGCUGGCGCUGCCGGCGGGUCUGUUCGCUCCUUUCACCGUGGAAAACCUCCAACUGGAUCCCUUAGGUACUCUUUCCCGUGGGUGGGGGUUAUUCUCUCUGGCGGUGGCGAAGCUGGUGAGCGAAGUGAACGAGCUGGUGAUUAAGCCUGGUUUUUCGCUGAUCCAGGAACUGGAGCUCGGGCUGGAGGCGAGAAAGGCGAUGGCUCAGUUUGGCCAGAAGAUGAGUGAGACUGGUAAGUACGGCCAGGAGACGUUCACGUCGUUCACCCACGAAGUCCAGACGAACGGGGUGGGUAAGACUUUUGACGAACGCUUCGGCAAGUUGUUCAGCGGUCUCAGCGUCGAGGGGCUGCCGGAAAGCCAAGGCUACGAACAAGUGCCCCCGGCGAUGGGCAUGGAGAAACCCGAACAGCCGCUGAAGUUGACGGGAUUAAGCGGGGGGAAGAAGAACAACGACGACGAGUGGGAUGACUACUAA